AUGUCCGUCUCUCCCCCUGUAUUCAAUAUCCAUACGCCCACAUCUUCUUUCGCGCUCAUCCACUCUCUCAAGGAUGAUACUAUACAGCAAUUGUAUAAUAAGCUUUCAAGGAAGUCGAACACGGGUUUUCACGGAAAUCGCGUUGGUCCUGGUUGGAUCAAGUACAAUUGGAAUGACACCAUGUGGAAUUUGGAUGAUGAAAGUGACUACACCAUUUUUGUGUGGAGGCAUAAAGCACCUUCUACGUCCCAACAGCCUACAUCCGACAUAACACCAACACUGCACGUUCACGAUCCCGCAGCCCAACUCCCAGAGCCACCUGCGUAUUGCAACCCAUCAUUUUACUUAUUCAGCUCUACACGUGUAAAUUCUCCCCGUCCUCGGUCAGCGCGGAGCGCCAAGUCCCACAAGUCUAGGGCACCACCAGAUGCCGAAGGGAUCUCAGGGGUUGCGAAGCACAGAAGAGAUUUUGAGAGAUUUCAUAGCGAAAACGGUGUACGUACUGUUUUGGGCACUAUUGGCCCAGUCGACAACGUUCGCAUGCUCCUAAAGAACGGUUACCGUCACGUCUACAUCUCACGCAAGUUUGCGUUGAGGCAUGGGUUUAUUCCAGGAGACGCAGCACCAGGGCACUAUGGCUACAGUGGCCUCAUCAACCUUGGCAAAUGGCCGAUCACCUUGAAGACAGCUGCAGAUUUCACUGAUGGCACACAAACUAACGACGUCUCAAACGCAGCACAAAGUUUGAAUAACCUGCAACCCAGCAAGUCAAAGACCGUUUCUGUCCCUGUUUUCUUAUCCGAGGAGCCACACUUUGACGUCGUGCUUGGCCGCUCGUUCUUUGAGAAACGCCAAAUAAAAACCUCAUCCAUAGAUCCUACUGAGGUCAUUUGUCUUGAUACGGGGGACAAAAUCGAGUGUGAAUUGGUCAUACUCAAAGAUGGUAGGGGUCAGAUUGUCACUGUUACAUAA